AUGGAGCCAGGCAAGAGGAGGUCGUCGUCCACCUCACCGGAUGGAGACCUGAGGGACGAACACACCUUGAAGCGGGGAAUGAGCCAGGACACAACCUCUUCUCCCAGACUGGACAGAUUCAAGAUAGCCCGGCAGCUGACGGACAGGGCCAUCAAGGAAAAGAAGAUCUUCUCCAUCUAUGGGCACUACCCGGUGAUCCGGGCAGCUCUGCAGAGAAAGGGCUGGGUGGAGAAGAAGUUCCAUGUGCCGCCCAAGGCCUCUCCGGGUGCUGAGGACAGCGGGGAAGGAGUCCCUGACAGCAAACGUGCUGAGGUGAGAGAAAGCCAGGAGGCCUUGCUGGAGGGGGCAGACAGCAUUCACGACAUGAUGUCCAGGCUGGUGAAGAAUGAGACCCCAUAUCUGCUCUGGACCAUCAAGAGGGACGUCAUUGACUACCACAGCCUGGCUGGGGACCAGAUGCUGAACCACUUUGGGAAGACAGCCUCCUUCACCACCAAGAUCGGGCUGUGUUUGAACAUGCGGAACCUGCCGUGGUAUGUCCAGGCCAACCCCGACUCCUUCUUCCCACGUUGCUAUGGCCUCUGCACAGAAAGCGAGAAGCAGGAAUUCCUGGACGACUUCCGGCGCACGGCAGCAUCCAGCAUCCUGAAGUGGGUGGUCAGCCACCAGAGCUACAGCAGCAGAAGCAAGACCAAGGGCAGGAGGGAGGAGGCCAGGGACAGUGACCAGGGCAGCAGGGAAGAUGCCGAGAGCGUGAGCGCUGAUCCGGAGCUCAGGGGCCUCUCGGGGCAGCUGGUGGACACGGCGUGCCGCGUGUGCCAGGCCUACCUGGGACAGUUAGAGCAUGAAGACCUCGACGUGCUGGACACCGCGGAGGAGCUCACCGAGGCCGAGUGGCAGGACCUCACGCGGCAGUACUACUCACUCGUGCACGGCGGGGCCUUCAUCUCCAACUCCAGGAGUUACUUGUCGCAGUGCCAAGCUCUGCUGAACAGGAUCACGUCCGUGAAGCCCCAGACGGAGAUCGACGGGCUAAAGAACAUCUGGAUCAUAAAGCCUGCCGCCAAGUCCCGGGGCCGAGGCAUCGCAUGCAUGGACCGAGUGGAGGAGAUCCUGGAGCUGGUGGCCACAGAGCAGCCUCCCACCAAGGACAGCCGGUGGGUGGUCCAGAAGUACAUCGAGACACCCCUGCUCAUCCACGACACCAAGUUUGACAUCCGCCAGUGGUUCCUGGUCACUGACUGGAACCCGCUGACCAUCUGGUUCUACAAGGAGAGCUACCUGCGCUUCUCCACACAGCGCUUCUCGCUGGACAACCUGGACAGUGCCAUCCACUUGUGCAACAACUCCGUCCAGCGGCACCUGCGGAACGACAGCGGUCGCAGCCCCCUGCUGCCCAGCCACAACAUGUGGACAAGCUCCAGGUUCCAGGAGUACCUGCAGAAGAAGGGUCGCGGGACCGUGUGGGGCAGCGUCAUUUACCCGUCCAUGAAGAGGGCCGUCAGCAACGCCAUGCGGGUGGCCCAGGACCACGUGGAGGCCCGCAAGAACAGCUUCGAGCUCUACGGCGCUGACUUCAUCCUGGGCCGGGAUUUCAAGCCCUGGCUCAUCGAGAUCAACUCCAGCCCCUCCAUGCACCCGUCCACACCCGUCACAGCCCUGCUCUGUGCCCAGGUGCAGGAAGACACCAUCAAGGUGGUGCUGGACCGCAAGCUGGACCGGAACUGUGACAUCGGCAACUUUGAGCUCCUGUGGAAGCAGCCCGCCGUGGAGCUGCCGCCCUUCAGCGGCUCGGACCUGUGCGUGGAGGGCGUUGGCGUGCGCAAGGCCAGGAAGCAGACACUGCCCGUGACCAGCUUCCAGUUCUCCGCCCCGCUACCCUCCUCCCUGGCUGACCCUGCGCGAGGCCUCCCAAGGCCAACGGCGCCACGGGGCCCGCGGCCGAAGGAUGAGAAAGUGCCGUGUCCCUUGGCGCUGCCGGGCGCCCCGAGGAGGGGCUGUAGGAAGGCCAGGACGGAGCUUCCCGCCUGCGGCUACCUGCACGUGGACAGCACCGUCCCCCGAGGCACUGCCACUCAGACCCCGGCCCCCCGACACCUGGACCCGCUCCUGGCGCCCACGAUGGAGAGCCGGGACAUGGCCGAGGGCGCCCUGGGCCGGGCGCCUGGAGUGACAGGGUCGCCAAGCAACAUGCCCACGCCGUGCCUCGUGUGCCAGGGGUGCCUGCCCCCUGUGCAGGCCUGCAAGCGCUGCCGCUCAUUCCGCGCGUCCAUCCUACAAGGCACCUGCUUUGUGCCACUGCCUGAUGCCCGGGCAGGGCCGUGCGCGCUAUAG